AGUAUAUAUAUAUGAGUAGUAUACACUCAAGUCUCCAUGAACCAGAAAUUAAGUGGACGAAAGAAUCAGAGAGACAGAGAGAAAAGGGAAAAAAACCAAUGAAAAUGGUGCAAGAGGAAAUCCGAAAAGGCCCCUGGACAGAACAGGAGGACAUCCUUCUGGUCAACUUUGUGCACUUGUUUGGAGAUCGACGAUGGGAUUUUAUAGCCAAAGUUUCAGGUUUGAACAGAACAGGAAAGAGUUGCAGGUUACGAUGGGUUAAUUACCUGCACCCUGGUCUCAAAAGGGGCAAGAUGACACCCCAAGAAGAGCGCCUCGUGCUGGAGCUUCAUGCCAAAUGGGGAAAUAGGUGGUCAAGAAUUGCUCGGAAAUUACCUGGGCGUACUGACAACGAGAUAAAGAAUUAUUGGAGGACUCAUAUGAGGAAAAAGGCUCAAGAAAAGAAACGGGCCAUGUCACCAUCAUCAUCAUCAUCAACUACUACUACAGUGGAUUCCCUGCCCUUUUCAGGUAAUGGAAAGGUAAGUUUUUAUGACACUGGAGGUCCCAACAUGAUAGCUUUGGCAGGAAAAAACAGUCCGGAAUUCGAAGAUGAAAAGGGGUACUCCAUGGAUGACAUAUGGAAGGAUAUUGACCUGUCCGAAGAAAACACAUUAAAACCUCUGGGUGAUAACUACAGUGAAGAAGGCUGCAAUUUCUCCUGUCCUUCAAUGUCCUCUCCCUCAUGGGAGUACUGCUGGGACUUGCCGUGGAAGAUGGAUGAAGAGGAGAGUAAGAUGUUUCUCCCAACCAAUCAAUUUCUUUCUUGUUUUGAAUAUGGGACAGCACCUUUAACCGGCUAAUUAGAAUUCAUUUAUUUGUUCAUAUGUAAUACUAUUUCCUAGGGAAACUCUAACCUGUAUAGCUGGUUUUCUCUAAGCUUUCUGAUACAGCUUUCUUAUGUCAUCCUGCAUAUCACUGUAAUUAUCUCAUGCUGUAGUCUAUGUCCCCAGUGUCUUGUGUGCUUUUAGUCCUCAGAGAGGAAGGGAGAACCUUAUCAAGUCUCCCUUGAGGAGACCUAGUAUUUUCAUGGAUGUAUGUAUAAAUACUCCUUUGAAAUUUAAAGUUUGAACCAGCAUGCUGCUCUUUACCACUUGA